CAAUAAACAGCGCUUAGCUUUUUUAAAACUGAGUUGUUAAAUGUGAUUACUAAAUAAAUGUAGAGGUAGUUUUUGAUAUCUCAUGUCAACAAUUCAACACUUGGAUACUUGUAAACUUGAACACUGUUUAAUGAACUGGACAUUGGAGAAGUCCGGUACUUUCUGAACUAGUCUGGUCAAGCAUGAAUCUAAACCAAACAGUGUGCUUCAUUUCCGGACUAUUGUGUUCAACUAUGUUCGUGUGACGUAAGGAUCGGACAGCGUGACGUCAUGGCCGCCCCGAGCGUGCAAGUGUUAAGCCUAGCGUUUGUGUGUCACGUGGUACUAACACAAGGUAUUGUACACAUGUCCCACGAGAAACGUCUGAUCCGAGACCUGAUCGGCAACUACAGCGAGAGGGGUAAGAUGGGGCGGCCCGUGGCCGAACAGAACGACACCAUCACCAUCAGCUACGGGAUGUCGCUCAUACAAAUCUUGGACUUAGACGAGAGGAACCAGAUCCUGACGACCAAUGUUUGGGCCACUUACAACUGGAACGAUAUGUAUCUGGUGUGGAACGAAUCCGAGUACGGCGACAUCACGACAGUUCGAGUCAACAACAACGAUAUCUGGAAGCCGGAUAUUAAGCUCUACAACUAUGCUGACACGCGAUUGGAGGAGAAGCGUGAAGCCUUGUGUGUCUUGUCCAGCAAUGGUGACGUCGUCUGGAUACCCCAGGCCGUCUUCAAGAGUUCCUGCUCCAUCGACAUACGUCACUUCCCGUUUGAUAUCCAGACCUGUCGCAUGAAGUUUGGCUCGUGGACCUACGACGGUUCUAAACUUGAUUUACAGUUUCUCUACACCAACGUGACGGGGUUCGAGAUGACCGACUACAUCCUCAGCAACGAGUGGGACAUCCUGGAGUCGAGCGCCAAGAGAAACGUCAAGUACUACCCCUGCUGCCCUGAGCCCUACGUCGACUUGGUCUUCAAGCUGGUCAUCCGCCGCAAGGUGGCGUUCUACAGCUACAUCCUGAUCCUGCCCUGCGUCCUACUCUCCAGCGUCACCCUCGUACUCUUCUGGCUCCCGCCAGAGUCCCCGGCCAAGAUGCAGUUAGGCAUGAACAUCUUCGUGGCCUUCUUCGUGCUGCUGCUGUUGUUGGCUGAGUCUACUCCACCUGCAGCUUCAAGCAUACCCCUCAUAGGGGCCUACUACUGUCUGAACAUGAUCAUGAUCACCAUGUCCACACUGCUUUCCGCUGUAGUGGUCAACCUGUACUUUCAUGGGCCGGGUACCAAGGUGCCAAGAGUUUUCAGGAGGCUGAUGCUCGACUUCUUCGCCCGCGUCUUCUGCAUGCAAAAAACCCUGAUGGACAAGAAAGAACGGGUCGAGCGGAGAAACAGCAUCGCCUACAGCGCCAACAACGACGCCAACGCCGUCACUGUCGACCAGGCGUCAAACGGCCGCGGCGGCAACAACGUCAACCUCAACAAAAACAACAAAGACAAGCGGCACCACGUUGAUUUUAAGUACGAUCGCGUGGGGGUGUUCGAGCUUCAGCCAGAUGAGAACUGGCGCCCUAGAAACUACAGCAUGGGCAGCGAGACGGAUUUGUCCGACCGCAUUGUGCCUCUACCCUCCCAUCUCAGUCAGCUGGAGGCGGACGUACGAGAAAUCAAGCUGCAGUUGAAGAGACUGGAGGAGAAGGGGGCGGCUAAGGCGCACAAGGAGUACCUGGCCAGGGAGUGGAAGCUCGUGGCCCUCGUCCUGGACAGACUCUUCUUCUUCGUCUACCUGGUGGCCAUUGUGGUCUCGGCCUUGGCCUUGUUCGAGACGACCAUGUUCCAAACCGGAAGCGUCGACGAGAGCGACACGUGAUGUUGUCCCCGUGAGUCACGUGACAUGUGAAUGUCGUAAAGUGGGCAUGGUUGCGAACACGGAGUUAUUUUGAAAACGUGGUGAAAUGGAUUUUUAAAAUGUGUCUGUACAUAGUGAAACUGAUUCGUCUAUACAAAGUGAGACUGAUUCAAGCAUUCUUGUGUAUUAAAAGUGAAACUGGAUCACGUAUUUUUAUUUGUAAAUAAUGCAACUUGAUUGUCGCGAUUUAAACAUUAUUUUCUUUUUAUGAAAAUUAUAAUGAAUCGUGCAUUUCAUGUAAAAAGUGAGACUGAUUUAUGCGUCAUUUUAUGUAAAAAGUGAGACUGUCUUUUACUAAUUUAAUGCAAUCAGUGAGACUGUAUCGUACUAACUACGUAUAAAAAGUGAGACCGACUCUUACUAACUGUAUGUAAGAAGAGAGACUGAACCGUACAUAUCGAAUGUAAAAAGUGACACAGUUUGAUUUUUCAAUGUGCAAUAUAAUGGAUUUAUUCAAAAAGCAAUAAGAUUGAACAAGAAUACAACAAUUGUGAGACAUGUGAUAUAGUGAGACCGUGUAAAUACACUUCGGCUAACUACUAUGGGUUUAGUGGAAGA